ACUCUCGGGACUGCAGUUGAGGCGACGGCCAUUUGUGGAGCGUUUUGCUUUCAACAGAUUGUUGGUACUGCACUGAUUGCGUACCAGUCACCAAAUCUCUUGCGUCAACCGCUUGCCAGCACCCUCGGGCCUGCAGAUGAGGCGACGGCCAUUCGUGGAGCGUUCUGCUUUGAGCAGAGUUUUUGGUACUGCGGUGAUCGUGUGCCACUCUCCUAUGAUUUUGCGUCGGCCUCCUUCCAGGUUUUGUUUCGUUGGGUGCCUUUUGCAAAGUGUUUUUCUUGUGGUCUAACUUUUAGCAACCUUCUUUCUGUUUGUACUUAUUUUAGGACUCGCAGUGGAAUAGUGAAUUAUCAUCCUCGGCGCCGUGGCUCAUCACUUCUUACCUUGGAAUUUGCCCUUAGACGGCGUCCGGGUCGCGUCACUCCGAUUAUUGUAAGCCGGGUGGCAGUUCGUCGCGUACCCGAGACUACCGAUGGCCUCUCCCACUCAGGAGACUUUCGUGCUUCUAGAGACCACCAAUUUGACACUUCGUUACCUGCGGAGGACAUCCUGGAAUGUGAGCAUCUCAGUAAGUCUUCUGCGCCGAACAGGAAACGCAAACGAUGGCGUCAGAGGCUGCGGAGUUUCUUCCGUGGUCUGUGCUGCUGGCGGAACGUGUCGACGGAGGGCGACUGA